CUCUUUUCUAUAAUACCGCCCAUUUUUCACUUUGAAAAAUUUGCCAAUUCGGUCUACUCUCAAAGCGCUCUCUAUCUUUUUUCAGUACUCAUCUUCCAACAGAGAGGCCCUCCAUCUGAUGCUUUCAACGGAAUCAGCCUCCAAAACCUCUACAUUUUCUUCUUAAGUUCACAAGGCAAGCUAUGCCGGAAUCAAGAGACAGAUUGUCAAGGCCAGUUGACGUCGCCGGAAUAUUCUCUCAACGGAGAGCCAAUAGCCUCGGGGUGCUGGUCGAUGAACCCGAGUUGGGUCCGACCGUGAUUGGACCGCCCACGCUGCAAACGACAACUACGACGACCACUGAUCUUGGUACAACGACGGGUUUUGGGGCUACAAGAGAGGGUGGUGGCCUUAGACGGGACAGUUUCGGAACUCCAAGAGCUGGACCCUGGCGGAGGGAGAGUACACCCAUGACUGGGACCUCUCGUCGGGGGUGGGGACGGGGACGAAAUCGGCAUACCCUAUUACCUUCUUGGUACCCAAGAACCCCUCUCCGUGAUAUCACUGCUAUCGUUAGAGCCAUUGAAAGGAGAAGAGCUUCUUUGAGAGAUGCUGCCGGAAGUGGCCUAGAAAUUGGUAGUCCUACACCACAGGAACUGGGGAGUUUUGCUUCUUCUUCAGUAGAUGUUGCUCCACUCGACUACAAUCUUUAUACUACCACUCCACGUUCAGUUGUGAGAAGAAAGCCCUGCCCACCUUCCGUCAGUUCUGUUGGUAAAGUUCCAAAGAUUUUGCUUGGAAUUGCUAAUCAGACGACUGGAGAAUCAGAUUGUCUCACACCCCAGAAGAAACUUCUGAACUCAAUCGACACAGUUGAGAAGGUAGUAAUGGAGGAGUUACAUAAACUGAAGAGAACUCCAACUGCUAAGAGGGCUGAAAGAGAAAAAAGGGUCCGAACUUUGAUGACAAUGCGUUGAUUCCUGCUAAUUUUCAUAGAGAACCUAAGCAGUGAGGAUUAGAGGACAGGAGCUUGGGCAAGAACCCCUUACUGAGCUACAACUUGAUCAUCUUCUGAUGAUGUAGGACUGUCCCAAGUUGAGAUAUAGCUGAUAGAUUUUGUCUGACUAUCUACUACAAUACAAGAUCAGAAAGUGAUAUUGCUUAAUCACUGCAUAAGGUCUUUGCCUAGGACCCAGUUAGAGUACUUGUUCGUUUUGUGAUCCAUCAUCAUUUUUAUGAUGGUUAGGACUAGUAGAUAUUUGUACAUAAAGACCGUGCCAUUUCUUUUGUCGCAUUGCUAUUCAUGGAUGCCAUUGAGUUCUAUCAGAUGGAAUUUUUAUCAAUACCAUACCUAAAACUUCUUUUUCAGAAUAUUCUCUUUGAUUGUAUUUUGUACUCCUUUGAUUCUCUUUGCUGAAUCUAGUAUAACAUCAGUUACAUCGCU